AUGAGUCCACCGAGUGUGAUGGGGCAGUUUGGGGACACAACCUACACCAAGGUUUUUGUUGGUGGACUCGCGUGGGAAACCCAGAAGGAGACCAUGAGGAAGUACUUCGAGCAGUUUGGGGAGAUCCUGGAGGCUGUUGUCAUCACUGACAAGAACACUGGCAGAUCCAAGGGCUACGGAUUUGUUACCUUCCGGGACCCAGAUGCGGCGAUGAGAGCUUGCGUUGAUCCCGCACCGGUGAUUGACAGGAGGAGGGCUAACUGUAAUCUUGCUUCCCUUGGGGUUCAAAGAUCUAGGCCUCCUACUCCCCAGCAUGGAGGGGCUAGGAACUUUAGAGUGAUGAAAUCCUUCAGCCAGCAGGCAGGAUUCCAAGGUGGACUGGGCGCAGCUUUUCCUUCUCAUGCCACCUUCCCUCAUUAUGCCAUCCCACAAGGCCUCCCCUACCAUGUCUAUGGGUACUCUCCAUAUACCCCAGACUACGGUUAUCCAACAAACUUCUACAAUAUAUAUGGAGGAGCUCAUUACCCAUUUUAUGGAGGAGCAGCAGCUGGCAUGGUGACAGGAACAAGUCCCUUUUAUCCAUAUUUCCAGUUUGGGCAAUCAGGAAACACUACUACCAACUAUACAAGUGGACAAGGCUACAACUUGCAAUACCCACAAAUGUUCCACUUCUCAACUGUAUCUUCUACAGCUGCUGCAGCUGUGACCGGCUUUGCUCAGCAGUAUGGAGGACCAUUGUCACUAGCAGCAAGCCCUCAAGCCCAAGCAGGCAUGACUAUGGCACUCACAGCUCCAACCCUGCCAACUCCAACACAGGCUGCUCAUCCUUACCGGUUGAUUCCUUCGCACUUUGCAGUGUCCACUGCUCCAGAGCAACCCUUGGCCUAA